UGUACAUUUCCUCCUCGCGCUAAAUCUGAGCUGAUAUUUUCUCUCUCUCUCUCACACACACACACACAUGGAGGGCAGUGAGCAGAAAGAGAUGCAGCAGCGGGACGGGGACACGGGGGGCAAAAACUUCUGCCCCUCUGAGGAUAAAAAUUACUGCCCCACUGAGGGCAAAAACUCCUGCCUCGCGGAGCAGGGCAGAGCGCGCGCCGAGGAGACGGAGGGUGGCUACGGCACGUUCAGCAGCGCGCGGGGGGAUGAGGAUGAUGACGGUGGAGGAGAUGAGAACAAAGCGCGCGGAAACUGGUCCAAUAAGCUGGACUUUAUCUUGUCCAUGGUGGGCUACGCGGUGGGCUUGGGGAACGUGUGGAGGUUCCCUUACUUGGCCUUCCAGAACGGGGGAGGUGCUUUUUUAAUCCCCUACCUGAUCAUGCUGGGUCUGGCUGGAAUCCCCAUCUUCCUGCUGGAAGUGUCUUUAGGUCAGUUUGCCAGUCAGGGACCAGUAUCGGUCUGGAAGGCCAUUCCUGCUUUGCAAGGUUGCGGGAUUGCCAUGUUGAUUAUUUCUGUGUUGAUAGCCAUAUACUAUAAUAUAAUCAUGUGCUGGACACUGUACUACCUGUUCGCUUCGUUCGCUUCGUUGAAGGACUUUCUGCCCUGGACCUUCUGCAACAACAGCUGGAACACAGCCGAGUGCAAAGACCAGCACAUGCUGAAACUGGAUUCAUGUAUAAUUCGGGAUAGGAACGUUAGCUCCGUUAAAAACACCACAUUCUGUUUGUCUGCAAACGCUGUUGGGAAUUUGAGCAAGUUAUUAAAUAUCACAACAGAUAACAGAAGCUAUGUCAGCCCCAGUGAAGAGUAUUUCAAAUAUAACGUGCUGCACAUUUCUAAAGGGAUUGAAUACCCUGGGGAUAUCCGCUGGCCCCUGGCCGCGUGCCUUUUUCUCGCGUGGCUCAUUGUCUACGCGUCUUUAGCUAAAGGAAUCAAGUCGUCGGGCAAGGUGGUGUAUUUCACAGCCACUUUCCCUUACGUGGUUUUGGUCAUCCUGCUGAUCCGUGGUGUCACUCUGCCUGGCGCCGGUUCAGGCAUCCUCUACUUUAUCACUCCAAAAUGGGAGAAACUCAACGAUGCCAAAGUGUGGAAAGAUGCUGCCACUCAGAUCUUUUUCUCUCUGUCUGCAGCGUGGGGCGGUCUAAUAACUCUCUCCUCCUAUAAUAAGUUCCAUAAUAACUGUUACAGGGACACCAUCAUAGUGACGUGUACCAACAGCGCCACCAGCAUAUUCGCUGGCUUUGUCAUUUUUUCAGUCAUUGGCUUCAUGGCGCAUGAGCUGAAGGUGCCCAUUGAGAGUGUAGCUGAUGAAGGACCAGGCAUUGCGUUUGUUGUUUACCCAGAAGCCCUCACCAGGUUGCCGGUGUCUCCAUUUUGGGCGAUCAUCUUCUUCCUUAUGCUCCUCACUCUGGGGCUGGAUACCAUGUUUGCCACAAUUGAGACGAUAGUGACCUCAGUGGCCGACGAAUUCCCCAAAUACCUGCGCAAACACAAAGCUAUCUUCACCCUGGUGUGCUGCGUGUCCUUCUACGUGCUGGGAUUCCCCAUGAUUACAGAGAGCGGUAUGUACAUGCUCCAGCUGGUGGACACUUACGCAGCCUCCUAUUCCCUGGUCAUCAUCGCAAUAUUUGAGCUGAUUGGAGUCUCGUACGUCUAUGGUCUGCAGCGGUUUUGUGAGGACAUUGAAAUGAUGAUUGGUUUCCAGCCAAACAAGUUCUGGAGGAUUUGCUGGGCCUUUGUCACUCCUACUAUUCUCACGUUUAUCCUGGCGCUCAGUCUGUACCAGUGGAAGGUCAUGACCUAUGAGGACUACACCUACCCCACCUGGUCCAUGGUUCUGGGCUGGCUGAUGGUCAUCUGCUCCGUUAUCUGGAUCCCCAUCAUGUUUGUUAUCAAGAUGCACCUGGCGCCGGGAACUUUGAUCGAGCGUCUGAAGUUGGUUUGCUCUCCUCAGCCUGACUGGGGUCCUUUCCUGAUGAAGCACCGUGGUGAGCGAUACAAGAACAUGAUCGACCCGCUGGGCACGAGCUCACUGGGGCUCAAACUUCCGCCCAAAGACUUCCAGCUCUCCACCCAGUACCAGUAACAUGAAAACAGGGGAUGGAAGUGGUGCCAAUCACAUGACUUAAUGGAAUGGUUUGAUCAAUAAGGCUAAUGUUGCUAACAAUGAAUGAAAGUGCAUAGCCUACAAUUGUGCUAACAGCUUCAUUGUUAACAACAUUAGCAUGAU